UGCGCUCAGAGAUGGGCGGAACUGUACAGGAAAACGAUCAAAUGUGUGCAUAAUCCUCUUGUCUGUAAACGUUAAAAGAGACUACAUUAUUAUCUGUUAGGAAGAUGGUUGAAUGUUCUCUGUUCAUAAUAAACGCACAGACAACGAAAAUAAUGUCGCCGUAGAAAUAAGAGACUUGUAAGAUGGCUAGCAGCUAACGUUGAUAUGCUUUGGCCACGAUGUCAACAAAAGACGAUUCAGAAGGAAAGAAGGGGAGUUUUCAUCAAACCGAACUAUAUGCAGAAGUUCCUGCGACAUGCCUACCUAUUGUCUAUUCUCCAGUGUAUAACAUCACCUUCAUGGGUCUGGAAAAGUUGCACCCCUUUGAUGCUGGCAAAUGGGGCAAGGUCAUACAUUUUUUAAAAGAAGAGCAGUUCAUUACCGAUGAGACGAUUGUUCCAGCCCGGGAGGCGAGUGAGGCGGAUCUUCUUGUGGUUCACACGGCACGUUACCUGAACAGACUCAAGUGGUCUCUGGUGGUUGCCACCAUCACAGAAAUCCCACCUGUGUUGUUCCUGCCCAACUUCCUGGUACAGCGCAAAGUUCUAAGACCACUGCGCACACAAACGGGAGGAACCAUUAUGGCUGGAAAACUGGCAAUGGAAAGAGGAUGGGCAAUUAAUGUGGGUGGAGGAUUUCAUCAUUGCUCCAGUGACAAAGGAGGAGGUUUUUGUGCCUAUGCUGACAUCACACUAGCUAUCAAGUUUCUCUUCGAGAGGGUGGAAGGAGUUGCAAGGGCCACCAUCAUCGAUCUAGACGCCCAUCAGGGAAACGGACACGAGCGGGAUUUCCUGGAAGACAGACGCGUUUACAUAAUGGAUGUGUAUAAUCGCUACAUUUAUCCAGGAGAUGGAUAUGCAAAGAGGGCGAUUAAACGUAAAGUGGAGUUGGACUGGGGCACAGAAGAUAUGGAAUACCUCCAAAAGGUGGAACUGCACUCGGAAGGCGCUUUGAAUGAGGUACGGCCAGACAUCAUCAUCUACAACGCAGGCACGGACAUCCUAGAUGGAGAUUCUCUUGGCGGUCUGGCUAUAUCCCCACAGGGUAUAAUAAAGAGAGAUGAGAUCAUCUUCAGGGCUGCUCGGCAGAGAGGUAUACCCAUCCUUAUGGUGACAUCAGGGGGCUACCAGAAGAAGACCGCGCGGAUUAUCGCUGACUCCAUCCUGAAUCUCCACAGGCAGGGUUUAAUUGGUGGAGAGGCUUUAGAUGGGGCGGGACCUUCACAUGUACCAAUAAUGGUGGCAUCAGGGGCCACAUUUAGUGGCAAUUAAACUGCUUUUGACUUUUUGUUACCUAAUAAUGACAUAUAGGAGUAAUAUGUGACCCUGGAGCACAAAACCAGCACGGGUAUAUUUGUAAUAAUAGGCAACAAUACAUUGUAUGGGUUAAAUUAUUGAUUUUAUGCCCAAAAAUCAUUAGGAUAUUAAAUAAAGACCAUGUUUCAUUAAGAUAUUUUGUAAAUUUUUACCCUAAAUAUUUCCAAAUUGUUUUAUUAUUAGUACUAUUUGUUGCUAAAGACUUAAUUUGGACCACUUUAGAGGAAAUUUUUUGGCACUCUUAGAUUCCAGAUUUUCAAAAAGUUGGAUCUCAGCCGAAUAUUGUCCUAUCCUAACAAACCAUACAUCAAUUUAAAGCUUAUUUAUUUAGAUGUUUAAAAAAAUGACCCUUAUGACUGGUCUUGUUAUCCAGGGUUUCAUAUGAAGUUGAAGAAUCAAUGGUUUGGUUAAACUCAUGUUUACUCAGAUCAACAUAUUGAGCAUGUUUAUUGUGAUACUGUUGGAGUGAAGUUUGGAGGUUGUUUAAGGGUACCUUUUAUCCAUUUAUUUUUUUAUAUAUACAAUACUUGUUUUGCACACUGGGUAUCCAAAACUCUAAUUAGUGCCCACUAGUUGGCUGUCGAAAAGGGAAUUGUAUUUCUUCUCAAUUUAAUGAACAAAUUCAAGGUCUGUUGUACAGUCAUACGUUCCGCUGCAACUCCCCAGCUUGAGGUAACCAAAGACAAAAUACAUCCUAUGCCAGAAGUUGAUUUUAUUGAGUGAUUUAAAGGCAGCUCUCUCCAAUACUAAUUUAGAUUUAUUCAAUAAAUGAAAUUAUGAAUCAAUUUCAGAUUCAUUACAGGUUUUUAUUGCUUCGACCUGCUCCGCUAUCAUGCCAUCAAUUAUUCGGUGACAUUAAAUUUAAGCUGCUUUAAGAUGUGCUUUUGUGACCGGCCGGUUUUAGCAGCGUGCUGGAUUUCUCAUUUGUGUGCAUCAGCAGGUGGACCGCUUUCAGACUGAGAACUCAUAUUAUGGCUGGAAGGCUUUUGAAACGUCAGAGGAUGGUGUUUUCUCUAUUAGAAGUCUUCAUUGGAGAGCAUGAGAGACGGUGCAGUUGGUUGACAAUGGCAGUUUUCAAGCUGUGAAUUUGUAUGCCUCAAUUCAACAAAAUGCUUUUUGUCAUGUAGAGACUAAACAGGGGAUAAUGUUCCCUUCCUUUGUUUGUAUUUUGGCUGGUUAGCAUACAAAAAGGAUUGGAUAUACAGUAUAUUAGGGGUAAUGGUUUUUCCCAGGUUUCACUGGUGGAAUUGGUCCCUUUUGUGGUACAUGGUUUAAAAGUUGUUUUAGCUGAUUUGUGAAUUGACAAAUGAAAAAACAGUAGACUAAGAAGAGCAAGUCUAAUGGGCUUCCAGAACAUUCUGCAAGACAUUGCUUUGAUAAAUGGCAGAUGCUUGAAUGUGCCUUCGAAACUGAAGUAUUUAAGUUUUUGUUUAAAAGUACCCCUCCUAAAUGAAGAACAAAUGUGCACAAAGGCCGUGUGCAGAUGGAUCAAGCGAAAGCCGGCACUUUUAGCUUUAAAUCUUUCCCUACCUCUUUGUGUAGUGUCUUAUUUAAUAUUUUGAACAAUCAUGAAAUAUAAAUUACUGUAUGAGGGCACAUUCUUCAUAGGUCAUGGUCUUCUGUUUCACAGCAAAUAGCCUUUGAUUUGCACCCUUACCUUUGCACUGAAUCUGUUUUAGCUUUGAGAUGAUGGUGUUAGUUAAUCCUAACAGAUGUGAUGAGGUUUUCUUGUCACAGCCCUGCAUCUUGAUAAUUCCCUAAAAAUGUAAAUAUGUCCAGGUAUACGAUAUAAACUUGAAAUAAGUCAUUUAAAAACACUGAUUAAGAGAAAUGUUUACUUGGCAAAAUGGCACAAUUUCAGUUGUUAAUGGUUUUUAUGUGUUGGGUUUAGGUUAUUUGUUGAGUUUGUUGUCAAUGAUAUUGCACUUUCACUGGAGGGAUCUUGGUAAUGGACACUAAUGAGAGUAGUAGGCCUGCUUUCUUUCCUUGCGUUAUUUUUUUUUAUAAAAACCCUUAAAAGGAUGGAUAUGAAGGUCCUUUGAAAGACGUAAACUCUUUAGCUCUAUCCAACAGUUUAAUGGAUUUGUACAUGAAAAGGUCCACAUUAUUUCUUGUUUAACAAAACUGGAGUAUUUAAUGUGCAUAAAGCUAAAAGGGAUUUUAAACUCCUUUCUGACAUUUGGUUUGCCAGUUUGAUACGAAUUACAUUAACAUUAUUGAAUAAUAAUGUCUCUCUCUCUCUCUAGCUCUCGCUCUCUCUCUCUCACUAAACGUCUUAUGCACUUAAUGUGAUAUCUGCUACUUUGUGAAACAAAUGUUUAAUAAUUUUAACUUAUUUUAACUUUAAAUUAUUUUGAUAAUAAUAAAAGUGAACUUAGUAUUCUCUUAUUUAACGAUAAGUAUAUAAUAUUGUUUAACCACAAUUUUUAUGUAUAUUACUAAUAUUACAUUUAUAAAACCUACUGAGUGAUGGGACUUUAACAUCUUACAAGAGUGCCAAAUGUGAAUUCUUCUUUUUUUGGGUGUAUUAUGUUCUUUUGUACCUGACAUUAAAUCAAAUAAAUCAAAUCUAAAAA